AUGGAGUCCCACAAAAUAAACCCAGACAACCCCUCUAAAGAUGCAACACGCGACAAGGACGACUUAAGCCCUUUCCAAACGCUCAGCCCAUCUCAGCUCCAUGCUCUUUUCGACAUCCUGACCCACCACGGGACAUAUGACGAGGUAGAGAGUUUCAAGGACCCGGGAGCGAUUUCCAAAUACGGUUACCCGUUUGUUCGUCACACUUCCGAAUCUGACGGUGAACCGGCCUACGCUCCCGAGACAGCGACUCCGUUGUUGGCUGUGCUACUGAGGAGCAUCGUGCUCACAUUCCCGGGUAUACGGGACCUGCCACCGGAAGUUUGGCAUGUACAGCUCCAAGGCAUCUUAGAGAACCUCGCGCGGGCGGAGUUGUCUGAAGCCUAUGACAAAGGGGGGUUAGGUCUCCGGAAGAGUCUCGCAACAGCGGCAUCUGCCAUCCAUGAGACCUUGUCUAGAGGCAUCCUGGGAGGACUGGAAAACCGCGCGCCCGGGGAUUUGCAUGGAGAAUAUGACCGGUCCAAAGCGGAAGAUCUCGCCAGGGCAUGGGAUGAUGGAGUACACGGUCUUGUGUAUGGCGAUUUGGUCGAAGAGCUCUUCACCUGUGCCCAGCAGAAGAAAAGUCUCGAAGAACAUUCCCCCGGCAUACAAGCCGCCGCAGACUACGCUAUCAUUUACCUGGCGACAUUAUUGCACCACAUCUACGUCUUGUCUCCCGAGGCACCUUAUUUACUGAAACAUUUAGAAAAUGUACAUAAGCUUCUGCCAUAUGCCUUGACAAAGCAAACGCUUCGUAUAGGGAACGCAGCAAGUAUGCUCAACGGCAUGAUGCGUCUGAUGUUAGCCAAAGUGGGCGUAGGAGCCCUCUCCAACUGGUUUGGCAUCACCCAGAACGCAGAUGACGGGAUGAACCUUCUUCAAAGAAUCGUUUGGUUGGUCUUGUCAUGGGACGCCUCCGAGUUCCGCAAAACCGCGGAGACCAUUGAGAAGGCCAAGGGACCGGCAAAUCCAUCAAAGGAGCAACUGGCCGCACUUAAGGAAUACACAUCUAAAUCAAGGGCGGAGCACCUUGAUAUUCGGGAAACUAGCGCUAGGGAAGGGCGGUCGAUUGUUGCCACGAUUCUGGAACGCCCACAACCUGCGAUGCUUUCAUCACUAUCAGAGACGCAACAUGCACAGUGCUCAGCGUACCUUUCGGCUGCACUGGCCGUGCGGGACCGGGAUGAAAUUUCGAACGCACUCUGUCGCCAGAACCCCGAUGUCUUCACCCGAAUCGUGAAGAACUUCCUGGGCGGCUUCGAACCCAUGAUUCGAACUCUUCACCAGAACGUCGAUCUUCGUGAACAUCUCACGGCCGGGGAAAGCCUCGUGACUGGCUUUAUCAAUGUUACCAGAGGCAAGAAAACCUCCACUGGUGAGACCCAGCCACCGACAGUGGAAGAUUACGCCCUUCUCUUACACAAAAACCGCCAUAUGCUCUACAACUGGUUGCACCAAGUUGCCUCCCAGUGUCCUGAUAUCCGGGAAGAGUUCUGUGCCUGGGCCAAGGAAACAAUCAAAGUGUUCCGGCAGUCCCCAGCAUCUGAAACAUCGAACCUAGGGAGCUCUUCGCAAAUCGAAAACCAUAACAAUGACCCUUGCACCGGCGCGGCUGGUGCUCUCAGCGAGCCUCUUCAAGAACUCUUCGCCUCCCUGCCACCCCAAGGACAAGCAGCCAUCCUCCCCAGCAUCGAUGCCCAUGCGGCCUACCUCUCCACCCUCAAAUCCCUCUCCCUAACCCGCAUGCAGCGUAUCCUCGACAAUGUGCCGGCCAUCUCCACGGCUCCUACCUGGGCUAAUACUGCAGCUUCCGCCAACACGAACACAACCAGCAAAUCAGCACCGACUACACCUCCCGCGGCUAACGCCUCGACGACUACCUCCUCUUAUUUCUCUCCUUCCUACUGGUCCCGCUCGGGCCGUUCCACUCCUCGCUCUGUUAGCCCCAAUCCAGCUACGACUCCCAGGUCCUCAUCUGGAUCAGUAGCCGCAGUUCCAUCCUCCGAUACAACAACGACAAAAGGAUCGCAAACGGGGCCAGGGGUGUACCUCUCUCGCUGGCGGCAGCUCAUGGACGACACUGUAAUUGGCCCGGGGACAGAGGGUGGUUCGGUCAGACGUGGGGCUGAUGUCAAGGGGUUGCUGGGAAGAGGAAAGACGGGUGCUGAGGGGGGCGCCCACCCAAAAUCAAAUACGGGGCGGGGUGUGAUGGCCGGGAAAGAGGGGGCGUGGGAUGAGGGGAAAACGGGAGAGGAUGGGGGAGAGGAGCGUGAGCCGCCGCCAGUGGAUGUCAAGGCUGUGGUGGAGGCGUUGGGAGACAGGUUUAAGACGUUCAUUGUACCGUUGGUAGAAGCUAGGGCAGGGGCGGGAGUGCCCUGA